GUGAAUAAGGAAUCAGCUCAACGACCUGCUCGUGAUUCAGGUCCAACCAAGGCCGGCACUGCAGCGCAAGCUAAUAUAAUAAAAGCAUCUGAUUUCACAUUCCUCAAUGUGCUUGGGAAAGGGUCCUUUGGAAAGGUACUGCUGGCCGAGCAUAGGGUUACCAAAGAACUCUUCGCCAUCAAAGUGCUGAAAAAGGAUGUCAUUCUACAGGACGACGAUGUGGAAUGCACUAUGACAGAAAGACGAGUUUUAGCAUUGCCCGAAAAGCCACCAUUCCUAGUUUCGCUUCACAGCUCCUUCCAAACGAUGGAAUCGUAUCUUUAUUUUGUUAUUGAGAGUUCAUAA